AUGAGUGGCAAAGGGGCAUGGGAAGAUGGAAACCAAAGCUCCUUGGGGCAAUUCAUCCUGCUAGGGGUGUCUGACCGGCCACAGUUGGAGCUGCUGCUCUUUGUGCUCAUCUUAAUCUCCUACAGCAUGACCUUGCUUGGAAACACCACCAUCAUCGUGGUCUCAUGGCUAGACCCCCAUCUCCACACGCCCAUGUAUUUCUUCCUCAGCAACCUCUCUUUCCUGGACCUCUGCUACACCACCAGCGUUGGUCCCCAGAUGCUGGUGAACUUCCGCAGUGCCCACAAAUCCAUUUCCUUGGCCGGCUGCGUGGCCCAGCUCUACAUCUCCCUCUCUCUGGGUUGCACUGAGUGCCUCCUGCUGGCUGUCAUGGCCUACGACCGCUAUGCCGCUGUCUGCCAGCCGCUGCGCUACACAGCCAUCAUGAGCCGCCGCCUCUGCCUGCAGCUGGCGGCCACUGCCUGGUUGUGUGGCUUCAGCAACUCCAUGCUGCAGACCAUCCUGACUCUGCAGCUGCCCCGGUGUGGGCAGAACCAAAUCGAGCACUUCCUCUGUGAGCUGCCAGCCCUGCUCAAGCUGGCCUGUGUCGACACCUCUGCCAAUGAGGCUGAGCUCCUUGCCAGUGCAUUUUUCUUUCUGCUGGUGCCACUAGGCCUCAUCCUGGUCUCCUACGGCUACAUCGGCACCGCCGUGAUGAGGAUUCACUCGGUGAAGGGCAGGCUCAAGGCCUUCAACACUUGUACCUCCCAUUUAGCCGUGGUGUCACUCUUCUAUGGCACGGCCAUUUCCAUGUAUCUACAGCCUCCGUCCAGCUACUCACAGGACCGAGGCAAGAUGGUCUCCCUCUUCUACACCAUGGUGACCCCCAUGCUCAACCCCUUCAUCUACACGCUGAGGAACAAAGAGGUGCAUGGGGCCCUGUGUAGGGUGCUGGGGAGGAUCCCGACCACCCAGGGGACCUGA